CGAAAGAGUAGUUGCAUUGGAAAGCAACCACCUUCACUCACGCACGCACAGACAAGUCGUCGUCCUCCUCCUCGGUCUCCUCACACCACCCCGCCCCACCCCUACUGACUGGUGGGGCCACGCCGCGCUCCUCCUCUGCAGCAGGAGCAGCUUGGCCUCGCCGGAGCGCUCGCCGCCGCCGCCGCCGCCGCCAGCAUGAGCGGGUUCUUGGCGGUGGUGGGGAAGCUCGGGACGUUCCUGCUCUGGGUGGUCUUCCUCGUGCUGCAGACGGCCACCAAGGUCGUCGGCAGCCUCCUCGCCGCCGGCGCGGGGCCAGCGGCGGCGGAGCCGCAGGAAGGCCAGCUCCAUGAGGCCGCGGCGGCGCGGCGCCUGUCGCCGCCCGCGUCGCCGCACCGCGGGGGCGGCGCCACGGACCCCUACCAGCCUCCGCCGCUGUGGGACCCCCCGCCGCCGCCGUACUCGGCUGGCACCGCGGCGGACGAGUACUCCUCGUCCUCGAGCUACCGGCGGCGCGGGGCGAGCGCGCCGCGGGAAGAGGACCUGGUGUUGUCCUCUACCAGCUACUCGCGCCCAGCCGCCGCGGCCGUGGCGCCGGCGGCCCAGGCUCGUUCCGUGUCGUCGGCGCCUCCGCUGAGGGCGGUCGAGUCCCGGUCGCCGCCACCGUCCAGGGCGGCUGUGGUUAGGGGUAAGCGGCCGAGGCUGGAGAGGAAGUACUCCAAGAUUGUCGACCAGUACCGCUCCCUGGAUGAGGUUAUUGAGGCACUAGCGCAAGCUGGUCUCGAGUCUUCUAAUUUAAUAAUUGGAAUUGAUUUCACAAAGAGUAAUGAAUGGACAGGGAAGAAUUCAUUCAAUGGUAUGAGCCUACAUCAUAUUGGAAAUUCCCCAAAUCCUUAUGAGCAGGCAAUCUCAAUUAUCGGGCAGACCUUGUCAGCUUUUGAUGAGGAUAAUUUAAUUCCUUGCUAUGGUUUUGGUGAUGCAUCUACGCAUGAUCAAGAUGUGUUUGCCUUCUAUCCUGAUGAAAGACCAUGCAAUGGUUUUCAGGAGGCUUUGGCCCGAUAUAGAGAAAUUGUUCCUCAUCUGCGUCUUUCCGGUCCUACAUCAUUCUCUCCAAUAAUUGAAAUGGCCACAACCAUUGUUGAACAAAGUGGUGGCCAGUACCAUGUUUUAGUUAUAAUUGCUGAUGGACAGGUCACACGAAGUGUAAAUACUGAAUUUGGCCAGUUAAGUACCCAGGAGCAGAUGACCGUUGAUGCUAUUGUACAAGCCAGUGAGUUUCCCUUGUCUAUAAUUUUGGUUGGAGUUGGAGAUGGUCCAUGGGAUAUGAUGAAGGAAUUUGAUGACAACAUACCCGCUAGGGCGUUUGACAAUUUCCAGUUUGUCAACUUCACUUCAAUCAUGUCAAAGAAAAUCAGUCAGAGCAAGAAGGAGACAGAAUUUGCACUUUCGGCGCUUAUGGAGAUCCCUUUGCAGUAUAAGGCAACAUUAGAGCUUGGAAUUUUAGGGCGUCGGUUUGCAAAGUCACCUGAGCGAGUUCCACUGCCCCCUCCCUUUGCAAGCUAUAAUACAAUCUCGAGAGCAGCACCAUCUCGAGCAAAUAGCUUCCGGAGUAUGCCUUCUCAUCCUAGGGAGGAGGCACCUGUAGACUCAGCAAUCACUGCAUCAGUUACAUCCCCACCAUCCACAGAUGCUAGAGCAUCAGAACCCCAACUCUGCCCAGUUUGCCUCUCUAAACCCCGGGACAUGGCUUUUGGUUGCGGACACCAGACAUGUGCUGAAUGUGGACCGCAAGUCGAGCAUUGCCCUAUUUGUCGAAGGCCAAUUGAUACAAGAGUAAAAUUGUACUAAUUCCAUCGAAUCUCUCAUGCAUAGAAAGGUUUUCACCGAAGGCCGCAUGCUGAAUGUAGAAUCCAUGCUGAACUCUAAUAAUCUGUUUAAUUAGUAGUGUAGUAGUGUUAUUGUUGAUAAAAGAUAGCGCUCAAAUAAGCAUAAUAAAAACUGUCUCCUUUUCUGAUGUAGGUGUAUUGGGUCGAUUGUUAUAUU